AUGACUGUUGAAUUUGCGUUAAAGAUUUUUUUCACUCUCGAUGAGCAUUUAUAUGAGAAUCUCGUCCGGGUAAGCUGUGAGAACGAUAACAGUUUCAUAGCAAAUAAGAAGUAUAUUGAUGGGGACAUGCAAAGAGUAAAGAAGCUAGAUAGAGAUGUCAGUAAGUGUAUUUCUACUUAUGGAAUCAGUAGUUUGGAAAACAUUAUACUAGAAUUGGUGGAGAAUGCUGUUGAUGCAGAAUGUGAUGCCGUUACAGUGAGAUUGAAUCUUAAUAAGAAUACCUUGAUUGUUAGUGACAAUGGAAGAGGAAUGACAUCACAAGAACUCGAUGAUUUGGGAUCAGGAUGUACUUCGAAGAUUCGUAAUUUGAAUGAUAUUGGAGAAUGUAAAACUUAUGGUUUCCGGGGUCAGCUGCUUGCUAACAUUGCUAAGAUCAGUCAUUUGUCAAUAGUUCUGCACCCUCGAGGUGAAGUCAGUCAUAGAAUUGAAUUCGGUGGAAAUUCAGAAACACACGAUCUUGAAGAUGAAUUAAUCAAUCCUAAAAAUUGCAAUUUUUACUAUUUGCAACCUCAUCACACUCACAUAAUAGUGAAGGAUUUCUUCUAUAAUUUACCUGUUCGACAGUUGAUAGUAUACGACAAGUUCUUAUUAAGCUUGAAAAAGGGUUUGGCUCAUUUGGAGCUUGGUAAACUAAAAGUCUUCAUCAAUCAAGAGUUGAAAUUAGAAGUGUCUCAUACUCUUCCACCUAUAAAUGAAAUAUUUGGUCUAAAAUGUAGAUUCAAGAAGGUUACCACAUCUAUGGGAAAGAUUGAACUCACCGCAUAUAUCAGUGAAGAUACUAAGCAAGGUUUUCAAUUCAUGUUGUACAAUAAUAGGCCGAUUGACUUGAAAAUUCUGAUUAAGAAUAUUUGUUUGAUUCAGUUCAAAGGUCCAGUUGUGAUAAACGAGUUAUUUCAAGACUCUAGAAAGAUGAUCUGGUUUUCUAAAUACAAUGAUGAUAUGAUUUAUAUGUUGGAAAAGAUAUUCUCCAACAAUCUAGUAUCUCCAAAGAAAGCAUCUCCAAAAAAGGUGACUUUAAAACAACUGUCAAUACUUUCGCCGAAAAGACUAUUCCCUUCCAAGAGACUAACAAGAAGUACUUCAAGCAGCAAUCAUGAUUUAAAAUUAGAAGAACUUCCAAAAAGCAUGAAUAGACGUGAUUUGAAGGAAAUGCAGGUCAUAAAUCAAAUCAAUAAAGCGUUCAUUCUUGUGAGAUCUAAGGGCCAGCUAUUCAUGAUAGAUCAACAUGCAAUGGAUGAAAGAAUUAGAAUCGAGAACCUAUUUCGAUCCUUUUUUGAAGACAUGCAGAUGAUUACGGUAUCUAUCGGGCUCACUGAAGACCAAUCAGAGCUAUUCUGCAGGUUCAAAGAGUAUCUCAAUCAGUUCUUACGCUAUCAAGACAAUUCCAUUAUCGAAAUUCCGGCAAUAUUACAGAUAUUACCGAAAAAUAAACUCAUGGAUGGUAUUAUGGCAUACAUAGAGGAUAUUAUCAAUUCCGUCAAAUUCAGAUUGACAGGCAAUUGGUUUCAGGAUAUUAACAAUCUACCCACUUUUAUCAUUGACUCACUCAACUCAAAAGCUUGCAGGACAUCGGUAAUGUUCGGAGACAAAUUGACCAAAAAGGAGAUGAUGCAGAUGAUUGCCGAUCUCAGCCGUUGCCAUUUACCAUUUCAAUGUGCUCAUGGACGUCCAUCAAUUAUUCCCCUACUUGAUUUGUAA